AUGUGUAACCAAAAGUACUACGGAGAAGAAAGAGCCUCAACGUCUUUCCUUAGGCUUCGGCUUUUCAUGGGAACACUGCAAAAGCGUUUCUCGCUUUUAUCAGCUGCCAAAGAAUUAGGUGCUUUCGAAGAAGAAGAAGAAUUGGAUGUGCCAACGACAGUACCAGAUGAUGUGAAGGAAGGACAUUUUGCAGUCUUGGCAAUGAAGGGUUCUGAGACAAAGAGGUUUAUAAUUAAUCUCAAGUAUUUAAAUAGCCAUACGUUUCUGAGACUGCUUGAACAGGCUGAGGAGGAAUACGGAUUCGAACAAACCGGAGUUCUUGUGUUUGAAAUUGAUAUUAUUAAGAAAAUAGCAGAAAACUCUGUGAAUAUACGGGAUAAUGGGAAUUCUGCUUAG